CACGGAAUCAUCAUCAUGGUUUAUCAUAUGACACGAAUACCGCAAAUUUUCAAAUUUUUCCAUCGAGUUAUGUCGACGGGCAACCGAGGCACAGUGCUUUCCGGCACGGAACUGGCAAAGAAAAUUCGUGAGAACCUAGUGAAAGAUGUGAAAUCGUUAAAGGAAAAGCUACCAAAUUUCGUACCUGGCUUAGCGAUUGUCCAAGUAGGCGGUAGGGAAGAUUCAAAUGUCUACAUAAGGAUGAAAGUAAAAGCGGCGAACGAUAUCGGAAUCGCCGCGCAACAUAUCAAACUACCAAAUACAACGACAGAAAUAGAGUUGAUUAAUAAAAUAAAUAAAUUGAACAAUGAUCCGGACGUUCACGGGAUUAUCGUACAAAUGCCGCUUGACAGUAUCAAUAAAAUUGAUUCCCAUAUGAUUACCAAUUUAGUAUUACCUGAAAAAGAUGUCGACGGAUUAAAUACAAUUAACGAAGGGAAAGUAGCUAUUGGCGAUAUGUCGGGAUUCUAUCCGUGUACUCCAAACGGGUGCAUCGAACUGAUUAAAAUGAGCGGAGUGCAAAUCGCUGGUGCUCAAGCAGUAGUGUUGGGCAGAAGUAAAAUCGUCGGCACUCCUGUGGCCGAAUUAUUAAAGUGGCAUAAUGCAACUGUAACAGUGUGUCAUUCAAGGACCAAGAACCUUCCCCAAGUUGUUUCGCAAGCUGAUAUCUUAGUGGUAGCUAUUGGCCAACCCCAGAUGGUUAAGGCAAGCUGGAUUAAACCUGGAGCAGUCGUAAUCGACUGCGGGAUCAAUUCCGUGCCAGAUCCUACUAAGAAAACUGGACAGCGAUUAGUAGGCGACGUCGAUUACGAAGAGGUUGCGAAAGUAGCUUCGUACAUUACGCCUGUACCCGGAGGCGUCGGUCCUAUGACCGUGGCUAUGCUAAUGAAAAACACGGUCAUAAGUGCUCAAAACGCAGCAGAAAAAACAUCCAAUUGUAAAUGGAAUCUGAGAGUUCUUAAUAUUAAUCCGCAAAAGCCGGUUCCUAGCGAUAUAACGAUAUCACGAAGUCAAGAUGCGAAAUCAAUUACAAACCUGGCUAACGAAAUUAAUUUAUUCCCGAACGAUAUCAGGCCUUUCGGAAACAAUAAAGCAAAGAUUCGUUUGGACGUUUUAAAACGAUUAAACGACCAACCAGAAGGGAAACUCGUGGUGGUUGUCGGCAUUACGCCAACACCUUUCGGCGAAGGUAAAAGUACUACGACUUUGGGUUUGGUACAAGCACUGACAGGGCAAAAGGGUGUAAAUACAUUUGCAACAUUACGUCAACCUAGUCAGGGACCUACAUUCGGAGUAAAAGGUGGUGCUGCAGGUGGAGGAUACUCGCAGGUCAUUCCUAUGGAAGAAUUUAAUUUACAUUUAACCGGUGAUAUUCACGCCGUAACCGCGGCUAAUAAUCUCUUAGCAGCUCAGAUUGACGCUCGAUAUUUCCACGAAACUACUCAAACAGAUAAAGCUCUUUACGAUCGUCUCGUGCCCACUAUCAGGAAUGAAAGGAAAUUUUCGAAGAUACAAUUGAGACGUUUGCAAAAAUUGGGUAUCACGAAAACUGACCCGAAUAGCUUAACCGAAGAGGAAAAAAGGAAAUUCGCAAGACUGGAUAUUGAUCCGCAGCGCAUCACUUGGACCCGAGUGGUUGAUACAAAUGAUCGAUUCUUGCGCAAGAUUACCAUCGGUCAAAGUGCAACCGAAAAAGGUAAAACGCGAGAAACAUCAUUCCGAAUUUCCGUCGCUUCAGAAAUAAUGGCGAUACUUGCUUUGGCCACGAGUGUCGAUGACAUGAAGGAAAGGCUUGGCAGCAUGGUGGUUGCCUUCAAUAAAAAUGGAGAACCUUUAACUGCCGAUGAUUUUGGUAUGACUGGGGCAAUGGCAAUUUUACUGAAAGAAGCAGUUGAACCAACGCUUAUGCAAUCUCUGGAAGGUACACCGGUAAUGGUUCAUACUGGACCAUUCGCAAACAUUGCGCAUGGUUGUUCUUCCAUCAUCGCAGAUGCUAUAGCGUUAAAAUUAGUCGGACCCGAUGGCAUUGUAGUGACCGAAGCUGGUUUCGGCUCUGAUAUAGGUAUGGAGAAAUUCUUCAACAUUAAAUGUCGAACAUCUGGUCACGUGCCAAGCGCUGUGGUGCUCGUUGCAACUGUGAGAGCGCUCAAAAUGCAUGGUGGGGGACCGCCAGUAAUAACCGGCUCUCCAUUAAAAAAAGAAUAUGUGCAGGAAAAUCUUGAUUUAAUUAAAAAAGGUCUACCGAAUCUUCAAAAGCAUAUUAGUAACGGAGUUAAGUAUGGCGUGCCAGUCAUUGUCGCUAUUAACACUCAUGCUACUGAUACGAAAGCCGAGUUGGAAUUAGUGAGACAAGCUGCGAUAGAAAGCGGUGCAACUGAAGCAGUCAUAUGCACUCACUGGGCCGAAGGUGGUCCAGGCGCUUCGCAACUUGCAGAUGCAGUUUUAGCUGCCACAAGUAAACCUAAUAAUUUCAAAUUUUUAUACGACCUUAAUAUCGGUAUCGAAGAAAAAAUAAAUACCAUUGCCAAGGAAAUGUAUGGUGCUGGACAAAUUGUAUUGACAGAUGAGGUCCGAGAAAAAAUCAAAAAGUACAGUGAAUUGGGAUAUGAUAAGUUACCUCUUUGCAUGGCAAAAACUUCGAAUUCUUUAACUGGCGAUCCUGCAGUUAAAGGAGCGCCUACAGGCUUCAAGCUCGAUAUUUCAGAUAUAUUCGUAUCUGCAGGAGCAGGCUUCGUGGUACCUAUGAUAGGGGAAAUAAUGAUGAUGCCAGGUCUUUCUACGAGACCAAGCAUUUACGAUAUGGACUGGAACGGUGAGACAGACGAGAUCGAAGGCUUGUUUUAAAUAUUAAAUAUUUCCUUAUUUUCUUACACACAAGUUUCAAUGUCUUGGGCGUAAUCAAUUAUUUUACGUGCUGUUGAUUAUUUAUAACAAUUAGUAGUUUUAUAGCAAUA